GGAAGUAAUUGUGCCCAUUUAUGUAUCAUUUAUUAUUGGUACCAACUCGGAUAAUAUAAACUCGUAUCGCAUCAGCUCUUUAGUUCAAGAUAUGAUUUACGAUACAUUAUUAUUGUUAAAUAUCCAGUUAACAUUCAAUUAAAAUGGAAUAUGAACGGAUACAGAUUCAUAACAAAGAAAACAUUUUGUAAAAUUUAUGGAUCUUAUAAUUAAGAAAUAUCCAAUGUAUAUUAACAUAGCUAAAUAAAAGUAAAGAAUAAUGAGAUUCCGGUAAUUACACAGUCCAACAAAAAUUUAAAAAUAUUAUAAGGAAAUUUUAGAUUGUUCCAAGAUUUAGGUAACAUUUUAUUUUAACGUCGAUGACAUAAAUAACUUUAUAAAUAAAGAUGUCAUGGCUAAAUAACUUUUUCAUAAUUUAAGAUACGAUAUCUCAAAAACUUAUUGUUAGAAAUUCCGAUAUCAUAUAUAUAUUUAACAUAAUUCUUAAGAAAAUAUACUUUACGUGAAAUCAAUAAUUGUUCCGUUAAAAUAUUUAAAAAACUUUAGAGUGGAUCGAGUUAUUAUUAUCCUAUUUUUAGAGUCCUAUGAAAUAUUCAAUGUGAGACAAGCUUUUAGAUAUGUCGUCUAUAAAAUAUUAACACUUCUGUUAAAUUUCAAACAACAUUUAGGAGUUGAAGCACAAUUUAAUAUGAAAAACUAAUUUUUUAAAUUCGGAAUUAAUUAUAAACGUCUAUAUUAAAAAUAUGCGAUGAAAAGUAAAAAGUGAAAAAAUAAUAAUCCAUAAUAUAUUCACCAAUAUAAAUCGCAAACUUAAAAGUUACAAAAAUGCAGUCUCAUCAAGAUAAUUUCGGUUCAGAAACCCUAAAGAAUCGCGGACAUCGACGUUCUGAUACUUUAGGAAAAUCUAUGCCAAUUACAUCACUACUUCUCAACUAUACACCGUCUAGAUUGCAAAUAACAGAUAAUAUACGUAGCGAUGCCGACAUAGGUAAUAUCUCGCCAACACAGCAAGAACUGCCGCCCUUGUACUUUCCCAUACAUGACAACUCACCUAAUCGUGAUGUUGAAAAUUUGAAAAAAUCCUCAGAACAACAGUUACACAAUUUGGAUACUGACGAUGAAGUGGAAAUUUUAGAACAGGAUUAUGAAAUCUUAGUAUCAGAAUGCAGUAGCAGCAACGGUGAUUGUGAUCAAGAAGGAGAUCGUCGAAAGUCCAACUCUGACGAAUAUAUUUCUCUCAUAGGAAAUUCUAAAUUUUAUACACCUUGCUUGACCUGUGUUGGCUCUGCACCCACUGAAUUAACCACCCGGCCAAGUGCUAUAAAUGAAAUGUGCAGACGUUUAUGCACCGAAGAAUGCCGUUUGCGACUUAGUUUAGCGGGCUUGGUUACACCUUCUGAGAGAAUUUUAAAUAAUCAAGAAUUGUUGAGUGAAUAUGUAAAGAGUUCUUUGGAGAAGCCUAUUGAUGAAAUUUAUGAUACACCUCCACAAUUACCUCCUCGACCGGUAAGGCAUAUAGAUAAAAAGGAAAUGUCACCAUUGGCUAUUAAGCCAUCAGCACUGCCUUUCAGACCUCCCGGUAAUAUAGCCAUACAGCGUAAGAAAUUUCUUACCAAUAUUUUAAUGCAAAAUGCCAACAUGAGUAGCGAUGAUGAGGAUUUGGAGAAACAACAACCACCUAAGGAAUUGCUAGAUAUAGUGACCAGUAUAGUUGUGCCACCAUCAACGUCAUCAGCAACUUCUUCAUUAUCAUCGCCAUUAAACGAAUUAUCACCUAAAGUCGAAAAUGCUGGCGAAACGCAUACAAACGUACAAAUUGAUCCACACGAAUUGAAAAUGCUCAAGGAUUUUCGUGAGAAAUUUGAAAUUGCGGAAGCACUUGCCAAGACCUCGGCAAUGACCUCAACAUCAAAAAUAAAACAACGUCUGGCCGCUCGUAAACUGGAAAUUGAAAUGGAGAAUGCUAAAGCAAUUGCGGCGGCAACAAAACAUGAAAAUAAAUCUAAAAAUACACAUGUAUCCACCACCUCGUCUGCCGGAGGAGUAGAUGACAACGGCAAACAACAAACUGGUCUAGACGGCAACGAUGUUGGCGUUGAAUGUAAUGUUAAUGAUGACGAUGUUAAUAAUGGUAAAGACGAUGUGCAAGGUGUGCCCGAUGCCGUUACAACACAAAAUUUGACUCACAAAACACUAGACACUGUGUCUCCGUACUACGAUAACGACUAUGAACCACCACGCGAAUUACUACUCUAUCUUGUAAGAAUGGGUUCAUUUAAUUCGGCCCCAAAAAUCAAUAAUUCCGAUUCGCAAGAUGAUAGUCUAGUGAUACCUAAAGGUCUAAGCACUCCAGAGCUUCUGCAACAUUGCAAACAUUUACGUGGUGAGAAUCAGCCGCCGCUACUAACACGUUUCUUUUUGAAACCCUUGUCUACACUCUCUGCUCAAAUGGUUUCAUCAGACUUAACAGAUGGUUUGCGUUGUCUCAAAUUAGAUACUGUAUCUCGAGUAUGCAGUGCCCCCAUAUCGGAUCCAAAUCAUAUACGUUUGCUGCAAUGGAAUCUUUUAUCACAAACUCUUGGACAAAAUAACGAUGGCUUUGUGCGAUGUCCCGAAGAGGCUUUAACUUGGGAAAAUCGUAAAUUCCUAAUAGUACAAGAAAUUUUGCAAAAUAAUCCCGAUAUAAUAUGCUUACAGGAAGUGGAUCAUUAUAAAUUCCUUCAAAAUAUUUUGGGUACACAAAACUACGAAGGCAUUUUCUUUCCAAAACCCGACUCACCUUGUCUCUAUAUUGAAGAGAAUAAUGGACCCGAUGGCUGUGCCAUUUUCUAUAAACGCGAUAAAUUUGAAUUGAAAAAUUUCGACACACGCAUUUUAGAAGUUUGGCGUGUCCAAAGUAAUCAGGUGGCCAUAGCGGCCAAUUUAAAAAUAAAAGCAACUGGACGUGAAAUUUGCGUAUGCACUACACAUCUUAAGGCUCGUCAUGGUUCCUUACUUUCGAAACUUCGCAAUGAACAAGGUCGUGAUUUGAUACGUUUCGUUAAGCAAUUUGCUGGUGAUCGUGCUGUAAUGUUGUGUGGGGACUUUAAUGCUGAACCUAUCGAACCGGUUUAUUCCACCAUUUUGAAUUGUGAAUUUUUGAAAUUGUCCAGUGCCUAUUCGGACAUACGAGCUGAGAGUGAUGAAUGCAAUAAUGAGAAUAUCACCAAGGAUAAAUUAGACAAUUGCGAUAAAGUGCAAAAGUCCAUACAAAAUGAGCCACCAUACACCACCUGGAAAAUACGUGAAGAUGGCGAAGUGUGUCAUACAAUAGAUUAUGUGUUCUAUACCAAGGACAAUUUGAAGGUAAAAAAUUGUUUAGAAUUUCCACAAGGUGAUGAAAUUGGUAAAAAUCGCACACCCAGCUUCCAGUAUCCUUCGGAUCAUUUCUCUUUGAUUUGUGAUUUUGAAGUUCUAGAUCAACAGCCUAACGAUGCCUCAGAGGAGAAAAGUAAAACUCAAUGAGUUGUGCAGAAGAGUGAAUAAAAUUUUUUUACGUUUUAAGUUAAAAAGGGAAUGAAAGAAUCGAAGUAGAAUAAGGAUUUUAUGUUUAUUUGAUUUUUAAUUAUCGACUACAUCACAUACUUUACUUACUACCGCAAAUAAUAAUACAAAGACACCCUACAUAAAUACAAACAUACAUCCACACAGAUGCAGAUUCACUCUUACAAAUUGUGAUAUUAGUUUUUAGUUACAUACCUAUUCACAUACAUAUUUACUACAUAAUUGUUACAUUGAAACAAGUUCAUAUGGCUACAAACAACAUACAUACGAAAUAGGGAUUUAUGAAAUCCAAUGCUAAAUAUCCCAAAACUUUCGCAUUCGAAUGGAUAAAGUUAGCGUUUAUUUGUUACAUCCACAAUUUAAACUUACAUACAACAUACACACACUAGUUAUCUUUUACUUUUAAUAUUUUUUGAAUUUAUUUUUUUGCGAUUGUUUUUUAUAUAUAUUUUUCGUUUUUUUAAUACAAGACAUUUAUCAAUAACUUUUAUAGAGGUAAUAAUAAAAUAAAAAGUAAAAA